AUGGCCGACAGAUUCCAGAUUCCGUCAAGCCAAACAGAGGAGAAUGCCGAUCCCCGCCAGCAACCUAUUGAGGUUGAUCCCCCUGAAGUCGCCCAAAGAACCACAAUCCCACAGGUCCAAGCUGCAACAGAAACACCUGUCCCAGAUGUACCUAAUCGGGAGCCAGCAACUGUUACCCAACAAGAUGAUGACGAUCAAUCUGUCGAUUUGGUCGCCUCUUCAGAGGAAACCGAUGAAAUGGUGACACCUGAUUCUGUGGAUACAUAUCUAAAGUACAUCGCUGGAGAUGACAACAAUAUGUGCUUGUUUGAUUCAAUUAUUGGACACAAAUUUUGGGAAGGAGAGCUUUAUCUCAAGGUUCAGUGGAGAACAAAUGAUGUUUCUAUUCGAGACAACAAAAUAAUAAUAAUAAGUGAGACAUUAAUCGUUAGGAUGCUACUCUAUGGGCAUUCGAUUGCCGGUGAAAUAUUUGGCUGUAAAGGUCAAGUACUGUGGAGCGCAAGGCGGGGUGAAUUUGGGGCGCUUAUUGUCCCACGAACGUUGGGAAGCGUUCAAAAGGGGGGGGGGGGGGGGGGGAGAGAAGAUAGUCCGGAGGCUAUGGCGUUGAGCCCGCAGAGAGCAACGAUAGUCCUUGCGCUCCUGUCGAAGUAG